AAGAAACUUACAAAAGUAUUCAAGUUACUGCAAACACGAGGACAGAAUCUUCUUAGAAACCGGAGAAUGAAAUGCUUAUGAAUUACAUAAAAAGGAAAAAGCCUUUGACGCAAUUUGUACUACACACGUUUAAAAUGGCAAAAAGUUCAUUUGAAUAUGUUAAAAAAUUUGAAUUGGAUGAUACUCUUCUACCCAAUAGUUGGAUAGUGGUAAGACUGGAUGGGAAGUGCUUUCAUAAAUUUGCAGACGACCAUAAGUUUUCUAAACCGAAUGAUUUGAGAGCAUUAAAAUUAAUGAAUUAUGCCGCUUUCAAUGUACUUCGUGAUUUCAAUGACUUAUUAAUGGCUUUUGGGCAAAGUGAUGAAUAUUCUUUUAUAUUCAAAAAAAAUACUACACUUUAUAAAAGACGUGCAGCCAAAUUACUAACAACAAUUAACAGUAAAUUUUCUUCGUCGUACGUAUUUUAUUGGAGUAAAUUUUUUGGCGAUGUACCUCUGAGAUACCCACCUACAUUUGACGGCCGCACGGUAUUGUAUCCUAGUGAUGAAAAUUUAAUAGAUUACAUGAAAUGGAGACAAGCAGAUGUCCACAUCAACAAUUUAUAUAAUACCACAUUCUGGACAUUAGUUUUAAAAGGAAAUCUGUCUCCUUCACAGGCUGAAAAACGAUUAUGUGGAACUGUAUCUGCUGAUAAAAAUGAAAUUUUAUUUCAAGAAUUUCAAAUUAAUUACAAUAAUGAACCAGAAAUAUUCAAACGAGGAACACUGUUAGUGAGGAAAACUAUUCCAAAUAUUAAUUUAGAUAAACAGAAUAAUGUUAUAGUGGAUACACAUGAUGAUAUGCUGAAAGAUCGGUUUUGGAGUGAGCAUAAAAGUUUAUUAUUAACUAAGUGUAAGGAACCAAAUGUGUAUAAAGGACCUAUCACAGAUAUUAUUGCAGAGCAAAUAAAUUUUAUUAAAGAAUAAUGUCAAUUGGUAAAUAAAU